AUGGCUUCCACACUUAGACUCGGAACUUCUGCUCUUCGCUCCAGCGCCCUUGCUGGCAAGCCCGUUGUUCAGUCCGCUGCCUUCAAUGGCCUGCGCAGCUACUCUACCGGCAAGGCUAAGUCCCUGAAGGAGACUUUCGCCGAUAAGCUCCCUGGCGAGAUCGAGAAGGUCAAGAAGCUCCGCAAGGAGCAUGGUAGCAAGGUCAUUGGCGAGGUCACUCUUGACCAGGCCUACGGUGGUGCCCGUGGCAUCAAGUCCCUUGUGUGGGAGGGUUCUGUCCUCGACUCUGAGGAGGGUAUCCGUUUCCGUGGUCUCACUAUCCCCGAGUGCCAGAAGGUUCUUCCCAAGGCCCCCGGUGGUGAGGAGCCUCUGCCUGAAGGUCUCUUCUGGCUGCUCCUGACCGGUGAGGUCCCCUCCGAGCAGCAGGUUCGCGACCUGUCUGCUGAGUGGGCUGCUCGUUCCGAUCUCCCCAAGUUCGUCGAGGAGCUCAUCGACCGCUGCCCCAGCACCCUUCACCCCAUGGCCCAGUUCUCCAUUGCCGUCGCUGCCCUGGAGCACGAGUCCGCUUUCGCCAAGGCCUAUGCCAAGGGUAUCAACAAGAAGGACUACUGGAACUACACUUUCGAGGACUCCAUGGACCUCAUCGCCAAGCUGCCCACCAUUGCCUCCAAGAUCUACCGCAACGUCUUCAAGGAUGGCAAGGUUGCUGCUAUCCAGAAGGACAAGGAUUACGCCUACAACUUGGCUAACCAGCUCGGUUUCGCCGACAACAAGGACUUUGUUGAACUGAUGCGUCUGUACCUCACCAUCCACUCCGACCACGAGGGUGGUAACGUCAGCGCUCACACCACCCACCUUGUUGGUUCUGCUCUGAGCUCCCCCAUGCUCUCUCUGGCUGCUGGUUUGAACGGUCUCGCUGGCCCUCUCCACGGAUUGGCCAACCAGGAGGUGCUCAACUGGCUCACUGAGAUGAAGAAGAACAUUGGCAACGACCUCAGCGACAAGGCCAUCAAGGACUACCUGUGGUCGACCCUUAACGCUGGCCGUGUCGUUCCUGGCUACGGUCACGCCGUCCUUCGCAAGACUGAUCCUCGCUACAUGUCCCAGCGUGAAUUCGCUCUUCGCAAGCUGCCCGAUGACCCUAUGUUCAAGCUGGUCAGCCAGGUCUACAAGAUCGCUCCUGGUGUUCUGACCGAGCACGGCAAGACCAAGAACCCCUACCCCAACGUUGAUGCUCACUCUGGUGUCCUCCUCCAGUACUACGGCCUGACCGAGGCUAACUACUACACCGUCCUCUUCGGUGUUUCCCGUGCUCUGGGUGUCCUUCCUCAGCUGAUCAUCGACCGUGCUCUUGGUGCUCCUAUCGAGCGCCCCAAGAGUUUCAGCACUGAGGCCUAUGCUAAGCUUGUUGGUGCCAAGCUUUGA